UUUGUCUUCAAUGACAUUAUGGGUAUCGAGGACGGAAGUGGACGUGGCGUCAACGUGAACGACAUCAAACUGGCCAUGAUGGGACACGUGAUGGAGAAUCACAAGUUCAACCCGGUAAGUCCACUGAGCAGUGGUGAUCCCGGCUACAACCAGUCACCGUCCCCAGAUGAUAGAAUUCAUGUCCUGGUUUGCAUCCUCUCUGCCAACGCAUCGGAGAUCCAGGACUCCGUUCUUCAAAAGAUGAGGGACGUCAGAGAGGCUGCAAAUGACUUGGGUAUUCCCCAACUUCUCAUUGUCACCAAAGCGGAUGAAGCCUGUCCUGAAACUCAGAAAAGUCUGAGGAAUGUCUACAGAAGCAAGCAUGUGGAGAAAAAGAUGGCAGAGUUCAGCUCAAAAGUGGGGAUUCCCAUGAACUUCAUCCUUCCUGUGAAGAACUACAGUGAGGAAAUUUCCACCAAUCCUGAUGUUGACAGGCUGAUCCUGAACGUCCUGAGACUGAUUAUUGACUUCGGAGAUGAUUUCAUUGACAAGUUGUGAACCUGCAAAGAAUAAAUCCACAGACUGAUCCCACCAGUCCAUCGCAGGAUAUGUCUGCGCACGCACACACACACACACACACACACACACACACACACAC